UAGACAGGGAGGGGUAGAAAGACCGACCGGACCAGGAUUGUUGUCUUUUUUUCCCUUUUAUUUUCCUUUUCUCACUGAACCAAAUGUUCACAGCACGGUUUUGAAGUUGUUUGUGGAGCAGAUAAAAUCCCGACGACCGUUGCUUUUCACCGGGACCAACCGUUAACGUGAACCGUGGUGAAAACAGCCCCGAAGAAAGAAGGAAAGGGAGAAACAACAUGGGGCGAUAAUUACAAAAAAAAAAGAAAGAAGAAGGUGUUGUAAACCGACGAUGACUCCCUGGGAGGAUCCGUGAAGCUUAUUUAUUUUUAUUUAUUCCCCCUUCUUCCUUUCCUUUCCUCUCCCUGUCUUUUUUUGUUUAAUUUUUUACAUUUUUCUCCUCCCCUGCUACUCAGGGAGGUAGUUUUUUUUUUUUUUUGGUUAAGAAAAAGGGGCAGCAAGAGGACUGAAAUGAUGGACCAAGCCGACAUCCUGAGAAAGUUUAUCCAGGGGGUGAAGGCCAUGAGAGAAGGGGACGAGGAGAGGGGAGAGGACAACUUCGGCAGCGACUUUAUGCGGUUACGGAGGUUAUCAACCAAAUACCGGACGGAGAAGAUCUACCCCACCAACGUUGGAGAGCGAGAGGAGAAUGUCAAGAAGAACAGAUAUAAAGAUAUACUGCCAUUUGAUCACAGUAGAGUGAAGCUGAUGUUAAAAACGACCAAUCAGGACACAGAUUAUGUCAACGCAAAUUUCAUCAAGGGCAUGGAUGGCCCGGAGGCCUACAUUGCAACUCAGGGCCCGCUGCCGAACACUGUCACAGACUUCUGGAGGAUGAACUGGGAGUACAAUGUAGCUGUUAUUGUAAUGGCUUGUCGAGAGUAUGAGAUGGGAAGGAAAAAGUGUGAGCGGUAUUUCCCGGUGCUGGGGGAGGAGCCCAUGACUUUUGGCCCUUUCCGAAUCUCCUGUGAAUCCGAGCAGGCCAGAACAGACUACUUUAUCAGGUCUCUGAUGGUGGAAUAUGAUAACGAAACACGGAGGAUAACACAGUUCCAUUAUAUGAACUGGCCUGAUCACGACGUCCCCUCGUCAUUUGACUCCAUACUGGAUAUGAUAGGACUAAUGAGAGAAUACCAAGAGAAUGACGAUGUCCCUAUAUGUGUGCACUGCAGUGCAGGCUGUGGGAGGACGGGUGCUAUCUGUGCUAUCGACUACACGUGGAACCUCCUCAAAGCUGGGGAUGAAAGUAGUCCAGUCAAAGCAGCCCAGCAGUCAGACGACGAGAGAUGGGACACACCUCCUCCAAAACCUCCUCGCAUACGCAGUUCCCAAGUAGAAGGUGAUGUUAAGGAAGAGAUCCUCCAGCCCCCGGAGCCUCACCCCGUACCCCCGAUUCUGACCCCGUCUCCACCCUCAGCUUUCCCCACUGUCACCAACGUACGGCAGGACAACGACCGCUACCACCCCAAACCUGUCAUACACGUCCUGGCUACCGCACAACAUAAUGUGACAAAGAAUCAAGACGUGGACAAGCAGCAGAACCAGUCAGAGCUCAGUCCAAACACGCAGACCAGUCCCUCGGAACAAAAAGAUCAAGAUCUGCUUAGUCGAAAACAGCAAACCCAAGUCUCAAACCUAGAUCUCAACGACAACUAUAACAACAAACUAUCAACAUCGACAAAGUCAGAAUCGGGCCAAAGCCAGACUCAGACUCCCUCCUCCCCCCUCUCGCCAGCCGUUGAAUGUUCCGGUGCUCCUCGGAUCGAGAGGAAGCUGAGCAUUGAGAUUAAAAAGGUGCCGUUGCAGGAAGGACCUCGUAGCUUUGACACUUCCUCCUCUAUGGGAGUAGCAGGCGGAGCGGGCAGCGGUUCAACCAACAGCGCGGCCAUGCUGCAAAGAAGCCACGCCUUCAAAGCCCGCUCCGGUCAAUCCCUGCUGACGUCUAGCUCCUCGCUGUCGGAGGACUCGGGCACGGAGGGCGGAGCGGGCGGAUGCGGGGAGAGUCAAGCGGACGGAGGAGUCCUGGCCAGACCGAACCACCUCCCUGUGAAGAGCGAGAAGGGCGAGGUGCAAGGAGGGGAGAGAGCGGAGGUGAAGGCCGGCCACGCAUCGUGGGCUCAACCCUGCAACAGCCCCGAAAAACACUUCCCAAAGACCUCCUCUUCCUCUUCCUCGUCAGACCGCGUCGCCCCAUCCUCCUCCUCCUCCUCCCACCUCUCCUCUUCCUCUUCCUCCUCUUCCUCCACUCCUGUUAGGACUGCCCUAAGUUUCACCAACCCCCUGCACUCUGAUAACUCGGACGAAGAGGGGGACGGAGAGAUGUCUGGAGGAAGGGAAGGUUGUCGUACUAAUAUAUCCACGGCGACGGCCAUGGUUAGUACGCUCUCUCCCCUCGGAGACCAGCAGCCGGUCAGGAAGGUGUCGCCCAUGUCGAUCGCAGGGCAGAGCUCUCCGUCACCUCCAGCAAACCCUUUGGACGUGAGGACAUCGGCCUCGACACACAAAGAUGUGUCAGAGUGUGUUAAGAAGAUGUCUCCAGCUGACCCUGCAUCCGCUGGCACCACGGCAACAGACAACAAGGCAGACCUGGGUGGGGUUCGGUAACCGCUGCAUUCAGCCCAAAGGCCCUCGAGACCCCCCCCUGGAGUGGACAUGAUGGAUUGACCCGUCUGUCCGUCCGUCAAUAGUCUGCUCCCUCACCAAGAGACGAAUUUCACCUGGCUGGUCCAAAACCAAGUUGAUAGAUGCUACACAGGCAGCACAUUUUUACAUAGAAACACUUUCUGUGUAACUCUGUGCCAAUACGUUCUCAAGACUCCUCUCCUCCUCCUCCUCCUCCUCCUCCUCCUCUUCAGUUCCUCCUUCAAAGUGCCACUGUGCAAAGCAGAAGAACACUUAUUGGUCAAGUGGUUUGUCCAUUUUGGAACAAAGCCCACAUUCUUGAGGUUUUGACUUCUCUGGACGCUGAAAUGGGAUCAGUCUGGUUAUUUCCUUGUUAAUGAUUAAAGGAUAAUUCCUGCUUUUUCUUUUCCCCCUGUUUUUGUUGAGAUAAGCGUAAAUUAGGAAAUGUUCUCUCUGAGCUGUAAACAUAUCCUGAAUAUCUAUCCAUUCUUAGACUAAUUGGAGGGGGGAUGUAGGAGUAACCGUUACAAAUUCAAUAAAGCUGUUGUCUUUAAAUGAACAGGGAGAAAACUUUCAUACCAAAAUGAGAAAUGAAUCAGGAAUUAUCUUUAAUCAGAAAAAGCUACUGUGGGAAGCCGAUUUCCUGAGGUUUAACUGAACUCCCAGAAGGUGUCUGCUUGCUCCUACUGAACGAACAACAAUCUUCAAAGCGAACCUAGAUAAUCUGUUACCCAUGAUGCAACCUUUUCUGUUGGGUAUGUACAGGUUGCCCGGGUGCUCUCUCUCUCUCUCUCAAUCUCUCUCUCCCUCUCUCUUUCUUUUUCUCUCUUUCUGUAUUUCUGUGUCUCUCUCCCACUUUCUGUGCGCUGGUGCUACAUUAUUAAAGAUCAGCAUAGAGACAGAAAAAAACUAGAGCUGACAUUCACCUGUUUCUCACCUCUUGUCUGUAGUAAUGUCCACUCUAGUAAUUUUAUAUUUCUAUGCUGACCUCCCUUUUUUUUUGCCAGAGUCGUAGAUUGAUGCAGUUUGGUCAUUGCAGCAUUCGGGAGUCCUGCUUUGUGACUGCAGUGGAUUUUACUGUAAAGUUGUCAUUUUUCCGCAAAGAUCCGUUAAAUUGAAAAUCAUGGUUUCAGGAAAAGUUGAUACUAUACAACAUAUUUGACUUGGGAUUCUUUAAAGUGAAGGAAUCUUAUCUCUUUACAGGUUAUUAAUAUGUAAAAGUUGCAAGCAGCCCAACCAAAGAGUGGUGUUUCCUUCUCAAACUGAUUUAAUUUGAAUACUUUUGAGAGCCGCCUGAAGAGGUUAAAAUAUAUUCAGUAUUAAGAUAAAAGCGAAGAUGACAAGAAAAGUCUUAGAGGCUUAAAAAUGGCAUCAUGUUAUGUCAAAAGCUGGUUCUCUCUUAACUGUGUCCAUUUCAAGUCACAGUCUAAUCACAGCGGAGUUUAAAGCGUUUUUAGCAAUGGCCAGACGCCUCAGCUCUGUGACUCUGGCUCUCACUGCUGGGACCAUGAGCCUGCCUUAGUCUGCCUCUCAGAGAAGACGGCCAAAGACAGUCCUCCUUAAUGUGGCUUUUCUCUUCUGUUCGUUUCUGUUCCCGCGUCUCACCUCGGGACUCGUUUGCUGUUUUGUUUCAUUCUCCUCUGCGCUUGUCUUGUUUUUUUUUUAAAAUCUGUCCUUCUCCUUCUUUUCUGCUCUCCUCCUCCUCCUCCUCCUACUGGCGAGGCCUCUCCGAUGAACAGCCAUGCAAGUUUCUCAUGUUAUCAACCUGUUUACUCCUGAGACUCUUAUGGGACCUGACAGGGAGGGGACAAAAAAACCCUCCAGGAGGCACAACAAAAAGUCUAGUUUCACAAAACAACUCCUCCUCGAUAAAAAUCCAACUUGCAUGGUUUCUCAUCUGGAGGCCAAACUGUUCUUGUACCCGUUUCUGUACGUGUGAGACAAUGAUCGGAUAAGACAACAGCAGCUCGGGACCCAGGACUACUGUUUCCUCCUGACUUUUUUUUUUUUUUUAAUGUUCUCUGUAACUUCUCCUUCAUUAGCUACCAUAACUAUACAGUAUAUGCAUUGUUUUAUAAAGAUAAAGAACUGUACAGGGCAGUUUAGGUAUAUAAUAUUUCAGUUUUUUUUUUGUUGCUAUUCCUUAAAUAUUCUUAUUAACAGAAGAUGUAAGAAAGUCAGUGCAUGAUGAUGAUGAUGAUGAUUCCUCCCCCCUGCACAAUGUUUCCUGUUAAAACUGUAAAUUAUUCUGCUGCCCUUUUGUUUUUGCUUCUGGCAAAUAUUUCAGGGUUUUUGUUUUGUUUUACUUAAUAUGCUUAAAAGAUUGAACUUUUUUUUUUUUUUUCGUUUUAUUUUAAUUGGUUGGCAGAAGAAAAGCGUUGACUGCCAGCCGGCCCCCUUUCAGAUAGCUACAACGGGCUAAGAUUGUAAUAAUAAUAUUAAUGAUGAUGAUAAUAAUAAUAAUAAUGGUUGUUUUUUUUUGUAAAUGGUAUUUUAAAAGUUAUUUUUGUAUACGCGGUUGUUUGUUGCAUCACGAGUCCACUGCUCCCCUCCCAGCCCCCCAUUUGUCUCCUCUUUUCUUACAUACUUUCUUCAUCUCUGCCCACCUUUUUUUAUUUUUAAGACAUGCAGCGGAGAUGGAUCUCCUGCUCUGGAUGAAGAGCAUCUCAUUAUUUUUCUCUUAUUUCUCUUCCUUCAUGCUUCCCCUGCUGUUUCCUCUCUUUCAUCUGCCUCCCACCCACCCUCAUUUCUACCUCCUUCAUUUUUUUAAAGGCUGUCAUUUCAACACGUCUCUGUGCCAACAGAUCGGUUUGCUUUAUUAACGCAUCUCUAACUUGUUGGUGGUUCAAAGUAACGUAAUAUAAUACACCCAUAAACUGACUAAUAGACAUGUUGAGAAGAGACAUUUUUUUAAACUUUAUUUAUAAUUUCUCAUCUGUUUAUUUUCUUUCUCAGCCUCCGUUUCUUUCUGUUUAUCCACCACCAACUACGCUCAUCUAUCUGACACCCCCAACACACGCACACUAGCCUCGAUCUCAGAAAGAGCCCACCUGUGCCUUUAAGAGAGAGCCCGCCCUCCCCUUACCCCUAUCCACCAAUCGUCAUUAGCGGCAUGAGCGUGAGCGAUAGGAUUCGCUGCUGCUUGCUCAUUGCCUCCUGUGGGACUCUUAUUCAGCCACGCCCCCCUGCCCCCUUGUCCCCAUCUUUACACACACACACACACACACAUACACACACACACCCGAAAUGUUUGUAUGUUGCAGAAAUC